AUGGUAAGCGGACCACGAAAACAUCUGAAGAGACUAAAUGCACCAAAGUCAUGGAUACUUGACAAACUAGGAGGAACCUUUGCCCCUAGACCACGAUGUGGACCACACAAAUUGAGAGAGUCUCUGCCCCUCUGCUUGAUCGUACGAAGAAAGCUCAGCUUUGCCCAGAACAACAAAGAAGUGAGCCACAUUCUGCAGAACAGACUCGUGAAAGUAGACGGAAAAGUAAGAAGAGACCAGAAGUACCCAGCAGGCGUGAUGGACGUAAUCAGCUUCCCAAAGAUACACGAGAACUACAGAUUAUUAUACAACGUGAACAAGAAGUUCUGCCUGCAGCCCAUCACAGAGGAGGAAGCCAAGUUCAAGAUAUGCAAAGUGCUGACCAAGAGGCUGGAAGGAAAGAGCAUCCUGACCCUCCACACUAACGACGGAAGAACAAUCAAGUACGCAGACCCAAGCAUAAAGAUAGGAGACAGCAUCAAGCUCAACCUUGAGACCCAGGAGAUGGAGGAGUUCUACCACCUGGAGGUUGGAAAGACUGCAUACACCUUCAGAGGAAAGAACUUGGGAUGUGUUGGAAUCAUCAGAGAAAUAAAGACACACAUGGGAGGAUUCUCCAUGUCCAUCCUCGAAGACUUGAACGGCAGAACAUUCAUCACAAGAACAGACAACCUCAUCGUGAUUGGAGAGGCUGGCGAGUCAAUGAUCAGCCUGCCAAAGGAGAGAGGUAUCAGAACCACCGCCAUGAUGGUAAGUAACAUGGUCUACGGAGAGAUAAAGGAAGGCGACGAAGAAGCCGGCAUGUCCGAAGAAGAAGAAAGCGAUGAAGAGUAA